ACCAAACAUCCAGAAAAUUCCUCCACACCAACUCAUUCUUCUUGUGUCCUUCCCCCGGUCAAUUCCUCCAGACUACACCUUUCAUCAACAAAAUGGCAAGCACAACAUCAAGUUACCUCUUCGGAGGCUCCAACCCCUGGAUCCCAACCGACUGGACCUCCUCCGACGACCGCGUCCGCGGCGGCGCCUCCCACUCCUACCUAACCAUCACCUCAUCCUCCAACGACCAAACCACCGCCCGCUUCCACGGCACCCUCGACAUCAAGACCCUCGGCGGCGCCGGCUUCGCCUCCCAGCGCACGACAACCACAACCAAGGAAUGGGACCUCUCCCCCUUCUCGGGCCUGGAGGUCCACAUCCCCCGCGGCGACGAUAAGCGCUAUACCCUGAACCUGAAGGACGAGAUCCUGCCGAGCCGGCCCGACGGCCGGGAGCGCAGCUCGCUGUCGUGGGAGGUGGACUUCACGGUGCCGAAGGGUGGGGGUGUGUUGCGGUUCCCCUGGAAGGAGUUCCGGCCAACGUAUCGGGGGAGGGAGGUUGAGGGGGUGGAGCCGUUGGAUCUGGCGAGGGUUCGGAGGGUGGGGAUUAUGGUUCGGAGCUUUUUCGGAGAUCAAGAGGGAGAGUUUGAGAUGGUCAUCGAGUCGAUUCGCGGGUAUUGCGGGAGGGAGGAGAUGAGGUAUAAGGAUGAUGUGUCGAGCUCUACUACGUGUGUCGACGAUGAAGAGGAGUUUAACGAGAAGUGGAACCAGGGCGAGAUGCGGAGACAGGAUGCGCAGUGGAUGGCUAGUCAGAGGCCCUGGGACCGUUUGAAGGCUAUGUUCUGCUGUGGGAUCUAAUCUAGUAGGGACGGGCAUCCUUCGAGACACGAACCAGGUUGAGGCAGGAUGGAACGAAAAUAGAAUAGAACGAUGAGACACUCAAUGCAUCCC